AUGCUGGCAAUUACAGACGUGUAUCCAGUACAGCAUCAUCUUCUUCAAAAACCAAAAGGAGACGAUGAAGAUUCUAAGAAAGAGCAACUGGAUUAUGAACAAGCAAAAGAAGACCAUGAAGAACCUAUGAAAGACCAACUGCAGCAAGGAAAACCAAAAGGAGAGAAUCAGGAACCUAAACAAGAGCAACUGGAAACUAAAAAGCCAAAAGGAGAGUAUGAAAAACCCAACCAAAAGCAACUGGAAGACGAGAAGUCAAAAGGAGCACGUGGGGACUCCCAACAGCAGGCUGAUGAGUCCGUGGAAGAUAAAUCUUCACGACAGCAGCAGCUGAUUGCAGACGAAGGAGAUUACGAAGAAGAUGAUGCGGUACUGGAUACACGUCUGUAAUUGCCAGCAUUGACUCAUCAAGUCCUUUUUAGUUCUAGUUAUCGUUUUAGUAAUAGAAAGGUUACAUACCGUUAUAUCAUUAAAAUGACGCAUUUAUUUAACCAAGAGCAUUAGAGGAUAACUCAUAUAAGGUAUUACAGUGACUAGUGCGUUCCCGCAAUGUUUGUUUUCAUUUUUUG